CACUACCAUCGCGUGACUCCUAAAAAAAACAUGCAUUUACGUGCUAUUUAUAGAUUUACCGCUUAUGUAUUGGUAGCGCUGCAUUCGAUUGAGACACUUUUGCUUCCGUCAACAUUUUUGUAUCUGCGGAAACUGCGGAAAUUGGCACACUCUCUUCAAGGUCAAGGAUGUUGUGCGGCAGCUAAUAAACCUGUGAUCGGCCAUAAACCUGUUCCUAAUAAGUUUAAACAGAUGAAUGCAUGAUUUUUGCAGUUUUUAGAAAGUCAAGUACGAGUUGUAUGUGCGAUUGUAUAGCAACAACAACAAAAUGUCGUCCGCUGCCGUUCAGCCACCCCCGCCCGUUCCCCCGCCGCCCCCAUCAGCCACCCCUUCUGCCGGAAAGGGCAUCCACUCCAAGCUGUACAACGGCAUGAUUGGCGCCGCCGACAAAUUUGUGCCCGCCAAGCUGCGGCCCCUGUGGAUGCAUCCAGCUGGUCCCAAGACGAUAUUCUUCUGGGCACCCGUCUUCAAGUGGGGACUCGUUGCCGCCGGACUAAGUGACUUGGCCCGACCGGCCGACACCAUCUCCGUGUCUGGAUGCGCCGCCCUUGCUGCCACGGGAAUCAUCUGGUCGCGUUACUCGUUGGUUAUCAUACCCAAGAACUACAGCCUGUUCGCCGUGAAUCUCUUCGUGGGCAUCACGCAGGUGGUGCAGUUGGCACGGGCCUACCACUACCACCAGAGUCAGGAGAAGCUGAAGCAGGAGCAGGAGCUGCCGGCGACGCAGAACUAGAGACAUAUCGAAUCGAAUACCGGUGCUGUCCCCUUUAUAUAGACUUUAAUCGAACUCUUAUGUACAUACAAAUCCCGCAUCGCACAACGUAAACGAAAGGAUUAAGAGGAAGCUGUGCUCGCAGAUUUGGCAUCUGCGUUUUACAACCUGUUAACCAUUAUUAUUUAUGGUACACCGCCUUAUCGACGUGAUUCGUAUUACUUAAGUUGUAACCGUGGAGGCUUUGCGUAUAGUUAAAUCUAAACGGGAAUGAUAAACCAAUAUAUUAUAAGACAUUAGUCACUAAAGUAACUCAA